AUGCUUCCACCAUGCCUUUGGGCACCCUCACUUGAACCACAUACAAUAAUAAAUUCUUAUGCAUAUAAGCAUGCUAUAAUAAGUGAAUGUAUACGUAUAGGCAAGGAAGAAAGUAAAUAUGAAUCACAAAUAAAUGAUAGAGAAAAGGAUUACCUAUUCCAGAAAAAUAUAGAAUUAAAAGCUGGUGAAGAUGUUCCAAUUAAAUUUACUGAUGUUAUUGCACUUUUUGAAACUGUUGACAUUUCAAGGACUGUGCCAUGCAAAUAG